AUGAAUCGAAAUGUAUCUGGUGGAAUUGUCAAGAAAUUUGCAUGGCAGUGGCAGUGCGAUUCGCUUAUUAGAUUUGUUUUGUGCUUAUCAGAGCAAAUUGAAUCAGAACAAUACAAAAAUCAAGCGAUGGGACCACGCUCUGCUUUUUACAGGGCUAGUCAUUUAUAUGACCUUUAUGAUGGCAAACUACGUACUGUGGCUGGUUUUGCACCAGUCAGAGGAAUGUGCAGUGAGAAGAGAAGCUGUACAAUCAGUGAAGGCUUAGAUUUUAGUGCUGUAUUUGUGACUGCUCAUGAAAUGGGACAUAGUCUUGGCAUGCACCAUGACGAAGACAUUGGUUGCAACAAGUCUUGUUGCAUUAUGUCAAGUUCAGUUGGCGCAGGAAGAACUUUGUGGUCUCCGUGUAGUGCACGCGAAUUGAAUAAUUUUAUUACUCAGCUAGAUCAAUCAGAAAACUGCCUAAGAACAAUGCAUACAACGAAGAAUAUCCCACAAGAUGAUGGCAUUCGAGCAGGUCAAAUGUAUUCGUUGGAUGAACAGUGCACGAUAUUCCAUGGCACGUGUUGGAGACACGAGCUAAAACGUGGGCAACAUAUAAAUGAUGUUUGUAAAAUGGUUUGGUGUGGGAAUGGUGAAGGCAUCAUUCGCAGUGCACAUCCGGCCUUGGAAUAUUCUUACUGUGGUCAUCAAAUGUGGUGCAUUGAGGGGCAGUGUAUCCCAGCGGGACCUAACGAAAUGAUUCAGCAACAAGGAGGUUGGAGUGGUUGGAUUGAUGAAAAGAGCGAUCACUGCCCAUCAGAAUGCGUUCGAUGUCAGAUUGAUGGGCAGAUCAGAGUUCGGCGAUCAACUCGAAUUUGUAAUAAUCCCUUCCCAAAUAAUGGUGGUGCGUUCUGUCACGGCCAUGACGCCCGUGGAAUUCGUUGUCAAAAAGAAAUAUGUAAUGGAUCUUCGGUAGAGCAGUUUGCAACAGAAUACUGUGCAAAACAACGUGAUGCUGGUAGCCCGUCUGCGGUGAACUUAACUGGGCAAGGGAUGCAAUACAGUGGUGAUCCUUGUAAAAUUUGGUGUUUGCUACUCGGACAGCAUAUUCGAACUUUUGCCAUCUUUCCUGAUGGAACGCCUUGUGGCAUAAAACGAUACUGCGUGAAAGGUCGAUGCGUGUGUACACUGAAUGGACUACUUGGAGUGAGUGCACCGCUGCAUUAUGUGAGCAGCAAGGAUUCCGUCUUAGAAAGCGCAUGUGCGUCGACAAGGAAGCUUGCAGAGUAUCCCAAAGACAACGAAGAAUUUGCUAUGGCCAGUGUACAGAAAAUGAUUUUCAAUGGACAGAAUGGUCAUCGUGUUCUGCUUCUUGCGGUUUUGGAAUAG